AGCACUCCCUCCUGUGAACCCUUCUGUUGUCUUCCCUUUUGACCUAUAUCUUACCUGGAGGCAUCCUCUAUCUCCUACUCUUUGUUUUGGACAUUCCAUCACUGCCAGCCACAGAACCCUGCCUAUGCUCACAUCUAGGUCUCUCCACCAUCUGGACAAAUUGCUUCUCUAAACCCUGAUUUCCCUGCAUGUAAAAUAAGGAUCAUAAUAGAUCCACCUUCUGGGAUUACUGUGGAGAUUAAAUGAGGUAAUCAAGAACAACAGGCCUCAUCGAAGAUAGAACAUGAAUGGUGGCCUUCGCUAUUCUGCUGGAUUUGCCCUGACCUGAGCGAUGCCCUCCAGCCACUUGGCCAUUUGGGUUCUUGGCUCCGCCCCUGGGCCCCGUGGCGGCCCCCCCUUUGUGACGUAGGGCCUCACCUGCACUCUUGCGCGCCAGCCCGCGCCACCACCGCUGUCUGUGGCUUGGCCGGUUAGAGGCCAGGAAACACGGUCGGUCGGAUCUUCCGGGGCCAUGACAAAACUGUCUGAUGGCCUCCUUCUCUCUCUCCUGAAGGUGCUGCUCCUGCCUCUGGCACCUGCCCCAGCCCAGGAGUCAACUUCAGCCUCUACUCCAGGCAGUCCUCUCUCCCCCAGCGAAUAUGAACGCUUCUUUGCUCUGCUGACCCCAACCUGGAAGGCAGAGACUACCUGCCGUCUUCGUGCGACCCAUGGCUGCCGAAACCCCACUCUGGUCCAGCUGGAUCAAUAUGAAAACCACGGCUUGGUGCCGGAUGGCGCUGUCUGCUCCGACCUUCCUUAUGCCUCCUGGUUUGAGUCGUUCUGCCAGUUUACUCAGUAUCGCUGCUCCAACCAUGUCUACUAUGCCAAGAGAGUUCGGUGUUCCCAGCCAGUAUCCAUUCUCUCACCUAAUACUUACAAGGAGGUAGAGGUUGCAGCAGAAGUCGCACCCACCACCAUGACCUCCCCAUUUUUAUCUCAUAUCACAGCCACAGAACGGCAGGCCUUCCAGCCCUGGCCUGAGCGGCUGAACAACAACGUGGAGGAGCUGCUCCAAUCCUCCUUGUCCCUGGGAGGCCAAGAGCAACUGCCUGAUCACAAGCAGGAACACAGACUGGAGCAACACAAAAAAGAGCAAAUGCAAGAACAAAAGCAGGAGGAAGAGCAGGAGCAAGAAGAGCAAGAGGAGGAACAAGAGGAGGAGGGAAAGCAGGAAGAAGAGCAGGGGACAGAAGAGGGACUUGAGACAGUGUCCAGUUUGCAGGCUAAUGCAGAGGCUAAGUUUCUGUCUGAAUCUUUGUCUUCCAACCCUCCCUCCUUUUCUCCCCGAGUCCGAGAAGCAGAACCUGCUCCUGUCAUGGAGAACACCCAAGAGGUCACUCAAUCAGCACAAGAAAUAGAUGAAAUGAAUGAAAUAUAUGAUGAGGAUGUCUACUGGAGCAGAAGUCAAAACCCUGGCAGCCUCCUGCAACUACCCCACACAGAGUCCUUGCUGAUAUUGUGCUAUUCGAUUGUGGAGAAUACCUGCAUCAUGACCCCCACAGCCAAGGCCUGGAAGUACCUAGAGGAGGAGAUCCUUGGUUUCGGGAAGACGGUCUGUGACAAUCUUGGGCGGCGACAUACAUCUAUCUGUCCCCUCUGUGCCUUCUGCUCCCUGAAGCUGGAGCAGUGCUACUCAGAGAACAACCUGCGGCGGCAAGAAUGUGACACUUCCCACAAGACACCCUUCCUCAGCCCCUUGCUCACAGCCCAGGGCGUGUCUGUCGGCACCCAGGUAGGGUCCCCAGAAGCAGGCCGCUUUUAUGGGCUGGAAUUGUAUGGUGGGCUCCGCAUGGACUUCUGGUGUGCCCGGCUUGCCACAAAGGGCUGUGAAGAUGUCCGAGUCUCCAGCUGGCUCCAGACUGAGUUCCUUAGCUUCCAUGAUGGGGAUUUCCCCACCAAGGUUUGUGACACAGACUAUGUCCAGUAUCCAAACUACUGUUCCUUCAAAAGCCAGCAAUGUCUGAUGAGAAACCAGAAUCGGAAGGUAUCCCGCACGAGAUGUCUGCAGAAUGAAACUUACACUGUUUUAUCCCUGACCAAAAGUGAGGACCUUGUGCUUCGAUGGAGCCAGGAGUUCAGCACCUUGACUCUAGGCCAAGUUGGAUGAGCUGGGAUCCAUUCUGGCCCCACUCCAGCCUGACAGGUCCACUUUCUUUAUCUGUCAGUUUGCUUACAGGCUGCCUCUCAUGGGUCUCUUACCUAGUCCCUAGUAACACUCUCCUUGGGUUGGGGUAGCAGUCCCAGAGAGGUCCACAAUGGGAGUUCCAUCUGCCUUAGGAGAAUGUCUUUAUAUAAAGUGUUUAUUUUCA